AAUAGUUUGGACCGGCCCUGUUCACAAGUCUCUCAUACUUCUCCAAAAUCACACAAAUUAAUAUUAAACCCGUUUCAAGAGUAAUUUCUGUAGAUCAAGAGAUAACAUUAAUGGCAGUCGCCGAUAAUUCCUUUUUAAUGUCGACCAUGUUCAAUGCUUCACCAUACCCUAAAGGAAUUUCCGGUUACAUUCCUCCUCCAGGUUUCGCCCCAGGCGCCUCCGCCACGCCCUUGCACACAGCUCUGUUCAACCUAAUGACUGACGGAGAAGCUGUGUCUUACUUUAGGGAGAUGAUCUCAAAGUCAGACAAAACAGUGCUUCAGAGGAUGGCGUCGUUGCUGACGUCAGACUCCGAUUACUUCAUGGCGAUCGUCACAAACAAGUACGGCUCGAGACGCGUGCAAAAGCUCCUCGGGAAAUCAGAUGAGGUGGACGCGUUCUUCUGUGCCGCUAUCUUACGCCGCUUCCUCCACAUCACGACCGACAAAUACGCAUCCUACGUGACGAUACGAGGCAUGGUCGUUUUCGACAAGGAGAUGAAAAAGCCAAUGUACGAGCACAUUCUCUACCACGCUCUCGACAUAGCGUGUGACCAACACGGCUGCAUCGCACUCAACGAUAUCAUAACCGACGCUGACGAUCCUUACUACAGAGAUCAGCUACUAGACUUGGUCGCAUCCAACGCUCUCUGUCUAAGCAACGAUGCUUCAGGGAACUUUGUGGUCCAACAUGUGCUUACACUGUACGAGUUGCGUUGCAUUCACAACAUCGCGGUUAAUCUUUUUGGCCAUUGCAUUGAUCUCUCGUUUAAGAAGUAUGGAAGCUACAUCGUGGAGAAGCUUUUGGAGGCGGAGGAGUCAAUGCUUGUGGUGGUUGUGGAGCUUUUGGAUUGCGAUGGAGACACGUUGAUGAGGCUGGCGAGGAAUGAGUUUGGGAAUUUCGUGGUGGUCAAGGCACUGAGAUUCACCAAGGCGAUGUCUAAGAUUGAUCUGUUUUGGGGUUUGGUGCAGAAGCUCAUGCCUUUUAUCCAUCUCUUGCGUAGAUCUCACGGAAGCAACAUUGCAAGCAUCUUGGACUCAUUUAGGCUUCGUUGCUGACUAUGAUAACUGUGUAUUGAUGUCUCAAACUAGGUACAAGACUUAAGAUUCAUUUACUAAUUUGAAUAAGAAAAAAUCAGAGACACAACAGAGUACGGACCAACCCAAUACCAGUCUGGAAACAGAGCCCCGGAGGGGUUUAUUAUGGUGGUAGUUGUUAUCAUGUUUGUCCUAAUUCUAUAUAUGGUCUAAUAUUAUGUAAGUACAAUAGCAUUCUUAAGAAAACUCGGCACACAAUAUGGUCCCAUCUAUUUUUUCUUUCUUUUAGCGUUUAUGUUUUAUGGCAAAAACGUUUGCUAAAAAAAAUCAGACGUUUGCCUUUACCACAAUGGUUCUUCUCCUACACGGCUACACGAAUAUCUAUGACACGAACUUCACUCAUUCGUUCUGACUUUAGUUUCUCCUUUCGUGGUUUUGUGUUCAUUAUCUCUAUCCGCUGAAAACCAUUUCCUAUGUCCGAGUUUAAACUGAGAAAAAAAAAAAAAAUGUCCCGAGUUUAAACUAAAUUUUG